ACAUCAUCAUACUGUGUCAAUGUGUUUUUUGUUUUUGUUUCAAUUUUGUAAAUAAAUAAUAAUUUAAAGUAUUUUUCCAAUUGUCAUAUUAUUGUUUAUGCUUUAAUUAGUGUUUAUUUAUAAAUAAUAAAAUUAAAAUGUCGUGUUAUCAAAGAGCAAUUAAAUUAACAAAAAAUAUAUGUCAAGGUACAUUGUUAAAACGUGAGGUUAUUAUACCAAGAUAUUAUUCAAAUAUUGAAAAACUAGAUUCAUCAACAAUUCCAACUGAUUUAUCAUUAAUAAAUUCAACACCAGCAAUUCAAAGAGUUGAUCAUGAACUUGAUAGUUUUAUAAAAGAAAAUAUGAAAAUUCCAAAAGCACUUGAUGAAUGCCAAGAAGAUUUGUCAUUCAUAGCUCCUUAUGUUAAACCAACAUUUAAUUUUGCAUCAGUUGCAAAUGAAAGUAAAACAGUACAAGAAUUAGUUAAACUUGGUGUUGAAUUAUACAAAAUUGAAGCUCGUAGAGGUGGACUAGAGCUUAUAUUAAAAUUAAAAUUUGAUGAAGACAUAAAGCCUUAUAUUCAAUUUAUAACUGAUUGUGGUGUUCCAGCAAAUAGACUCAGUAGAUUUAUCACUAGAAAUCCAUAUAUAUUUACUGAAGAUAUGGAUGAUUUAAAAACACGAAUACGUUAUCUUCGUGCUCAUAAUUUUAGCACUGAUGACAUUGCAGCAAUUGUUGAUAAAAAUCCAGAUUGGCUGUCUUAUAAAACAACAUCAAUUGAUGAAAGAUUAGGAUAUUUACAAAAUGAUUUUAGACUAUCUGGUGUAGAGCUAAGAAAUUUAAUUGUUAAAAAUCCAAGAAUAGCAACACUUAAAAAAUCUCGUCUUAUUGAAAGUACAUUUUCAGUUAGAGAAGAAAUGGGAUUUGAUCCUCAUCAAGUUAAACAAAUUCUUUUAAAUAAUCCUUUUAUUUGGCUAUUGUCUAGAGAUAAAGUAUUGGCAACUUUUAAUUAUGUUCACAACACAAUGGGAAUUUGUCAUGAAGCCAUUGCAAAUCAACCAGCAAUUAUUGGAAAAAAAGUUGAAAGAAUUCAACAAAGACACAUGUAUCUUGAAACACUUAAAAGAAAUCAAUAUGAUCCAUUAAAACCACUUUAUAUAUCACUAGACUCAAUUGCUCUUGGAACUGAUCUUGAAUUUUGUACAAAUGUUGCUAAAACUUCAAUUUAUCUUUAUGAUUUAUUUUUAAAAACAUUAUAAUAAAUAAAAUUAACAAUUUAAUUAUUUAUAUCUUACAAAUAUUGACUUUUUUUUUUAUUUAAUAAGUAUCUUUCAUUUGUUUAUUUUCUCUUUUUAUUUUUUAAAUAUUAUUAUAAAAUACCAAAUAUCAGACUCUUGUUUGGUUUUAAAAAAAUUUUUUAUAUAAUAAAGAUAAAUUUUUUAAAUGGAAAAAAUCGGAACA